CUCAUUCACUGACGCACACACAAGGAGCGACGGGCGUAUGUGGAUCUAUAUGCAACAGAUUUGCGUCGCAGCUGCAAUUUUUUGGCUUUCCAAUACCCAAACAAGGACUAUUUACCCCUUACAUUUAUCCAAAUAUUUAUUUUCUUUUCAUUUUCAUCAAUUUUGCAGACUUUUGGUGGACAGUGACAAACAGUGACGGAUUUAACAUGCCAGACUUCUGAGGAGACAUAUAUUCUUUUUUACCCCCUGAAAAUAAUCUCUCUGUGGAAGUAAUCGCCACAGUGUGGGUGCAGAAGAUGGGGGCAAAAAUGAACCAAACCAAAGGCAUUAUAUUCUCCACGGCACUACUGAAACUACUGCUUUUGGUCACGGUUUUGCAUGGCGUCACCGGUAAGACUUUGAAAUAUAAAGUUUAUGAGGAGCAAAAAGUGGGCACAGUUAUUGCACGUUUAAAGGAGGAUGUAGCCGGGGUUUUAUCCAAAUUACCGAGUAGUCUGACCUUUCGGUUCCGCGCUAUGCAACGGGGGAGUACGCCGUUUUUGUCGGUCCGGGAGGAGGACGGGGAGAUCAGCAUAGGGACCAAAAUCGACCGGGAGAAGCUUUGCGAGAAAAACCUCAAUUGCUCCAUCGAAUUUGACGUAGUCACCCUUCCAACGGAAUACCUGCAGCUUUUCCAUGUGGAGGUGGAAGUGUUGGACAUUAACGACAACUCCCCGCACUUCUCCCGCGCCAUCGUCCCCAUCGAGAUCUCCGAGAGCGCGUCCGUGGGCACGCGCAUCCCGCUGGACGGCGCCGCUGACGCGGACGUCGGAGAGAACUCUCUUCACACCUACUCCCUGACUCCUAAUAACUUCUUCAAGAUUGAUGUGAGGACCAGGACGGACGGGGCCAAGUACGCAGAGCUGGUGGUGAUGAGGGAGCUGGACCGGGAGGUGCAGUCCAGCUAUCAGCUGCAGCUCACGGCCUCAGAUAACGGUGUGCCCCCUAAGUCCGGCUCCACUUUGCUCAAGAUCAGCAUCUCUGACUCCAACGACAACAGCCCAGCUUUUGAUGAGCAGGCUUAUGUUAUCAAUUUGCUGGAAAACUCCCCCCUCGGGACUCUAAUCAUUGAUCUGAAUGCCACAGAUCCGGAUGAGGGCACUAAUGGGAAAAUAGUCUACUCUUUCAGCAGCCAUGUCUCACCAAAGAUCUUGGAAACAUUUAAGAUAAACCCAGAAAAUGGCCACAUUACCCUUAUCAAAAAAGUGGACUAUGAAACCACCUCUUCUUACGAGCUGGAUGUUCAGGCUCAGGAUUUGGGCCCAAAUUCCAUCCCAGGACUUUGUAAAAUUGUGGUGAAAGUGGUGGACGUGAAUGACAACAAACCAGAGAUCAACAUCAACCUCAUGACGCCUGGCAAAGAGGAGGUGGCCUACAUCUCGGAGGGAGCUCCUGUGGAUACUUUCAUAGCCUUGGUGCGUGUUGAUGACAGUGACGCGGGGCUGAACGGCGAGGUGGUGUGCCGGCUGCAUGGCCAUGGGCACUUCAGGCUCCAGAAGACCUAUGAGAAGAACUACAUGAUCCUCACCAAUGUCUCCCUGGAUAGAGAGAAGAGGUCGGAGUACAGCCUGACAGUCAUAGCAGAAGACAGGGGCUCUCCUAGCCUCUCCACCAUCAAACACUUCACCGUCCAGGUCCUGGAUGAAAACGACAAUCCUCCCCGAUUUGAGAAGAGCCGUUAUGAGGUGUUUAAAUCAGAGAAUAACUCACCUGGGGCCUAUUUGAUGACAGUGGUGGCCUCAGAUCCAGAUCUGGGCACCAAUGGACAGGUCACUUACACUAUUGUAGAUGGUCUGGUCCAGGGGAGCCCCAUUUCCACUUAUGUUACCAUUGACCCAUCCAAUGGUGCUAUCUAUGCCUUACGCAGCUUUGACCAUGAAGAUGUCAGUCGUAUUGCCUUCACCGUUCAGGCCCGUGAUGGGGGGAACCCUGCACUGUCCGCCAACACCACCGUCCUGCUGACCAUUCUGGAUGAAAAUGACAACCCGCCGGUCAUCCAUUCUCCCUCCCUCAGAAACCACACAGCUGAACUCCCGGUGUGGAAGUACGCCUCACCCGGUCAGCUGGUUGUCACACUCAAGGCCACCGACCGUGACGCUGGUGCCAAUGGAGAGGUGAGCUGUGCCAUCAUUGGCGGCAAUGAGGACGGGCUGUUUGUGAUGGACACGCGACGUUGUGAGCUCCGGACCAAUGCAAGCCUGGAGCAGGCUCCUAGGGAUGUGAUGGAGAUCAGGGUGGAGGUGCAGGACAGGGGCACCAGCCGGCUGACCACAGGGGCGCUCCUGAGGCUCUCCUUGCAGGAGAACAUGGACAUCCUUCCCCCUCUGCACCCUACAGGCUCCAGCCAGGUCCCCCUUGACCUCUCACUCAUUGUCAUCAUCUCCCUGGGUGCCGUCUGCGCCCUGCUGCUCAUUGUAAUGGUGAUGUUUGCCACUGCCCGCUGCAGCCGCGAGAAGAAGGACCCAAGACACAAUUAUAACUGUCGCGUGGCGGAGAACAGCUACCAGAACCACCCUAAAAAGCCUGCCAGGCAGAUCCACAAGGCAGACAUUACUCUGGUUCCGACCGUCAAUGGGACUCUUCCCGUCCGGGCCCACCCACGCUCCCCCUCGGCUUCUCCUGCGCCCGAGAGGGGCACCCUGGGGAGCAGGCAGAGCCAUCAUAGCCGCCAGUCUCUCAACAGCCUGGUUACAAUUUCCUCCAAUCAUGUGCCAGAGAACUUUGCACUGGAGCUGGCCCAUGCCACGCCUCCUGUAGAGCAAGUCUCACAGCUUCUGUCCAUGCUCCAUCAGGGCCAGUACCAGCCACGACCAAGCUUCAGAGGCAACAAAUACACCAGGAGCUACAGAUAUGCCCUAAAUGAGAUGGAUAAGUUCAGUCUGAAGGAUAGUGGUCGUGGAGACAGUGAGGCUGGGGACAGCGACUAUGAGCCCGGCAGGGAGUCGCCCAUGGAUAGACUCCUGGGUGAGGGCUUUACUGAGCUUUACGCCCCUGAUGGCCAACACAGAGCGCAUGCAGCAAUGAGGCUGUGCACAGAGGAAUGUCGUGUCCUGGGUCACUCAGAUCAGUGCUGGAUGCCUCCGCUGGCCUCCCCAGCCUCAUCCUCCUCUGACUACCGCAGCAACCUCUACAUCCCUGGGGAAGAGGCCCGCCAACCCAGCGACCCAGCACAGGACAAAGCCCCCCAGCCCUGCACUGACACUGGCCCCACCCGCAACCAGAGCUUCUCUACUUUUGGCAAAGACCCCAGCGGUGAAGAGGGGGGUGAGGAGGAAAGGGGAGUGGACGGUGGAGGUGACGGAGGAGACGAGGACUUGUGCGGGACCACGUCCUUGCUGUCAGAGAUGAGCAGUGUGUUCCAGCGGCUGCUGCCUCAGUCGCUAGAUGCGUAUGCCCAGGUCAACGAGACCCAGAAGGGGACUAGUGUCAGUGGGGUGGGGGUCCCCAUGACAGGAUCUCUGGAUCGCAGGAGGGGCCACCUCCCCGGCAAACCCAGCCCCUCAGUCCACCAGCAAGGUGUAGCAGCCUGGGCGGCUAACACUCACUUCCAGAAUCCGGGCAGCAGCAUUGGCCCUUCUGGGCACCACCAGAAUGGCAGCUACCACACCCUGAAACCCAACACCAAGCUCAGCUCCCAGAGCCACAAGAGUUCGCCGGCGCCUAAAAACAGCCCCCAAAACAGCAGCCAGACCCCCAAACCCCACAACAGCCCACUGCUCACUGCACUAGUCAGCCCCACUUUGGUGCAGCCUUCCCCGGCCCCAGUGCCGGUGGCUGUACCCCUGCCCGGGCCUUCCUCCAAAUGGCUGCCGGCCAUGGAAGAAAUCCCCGAGAACUACGAGGAGGAUGACUUCGACUCGGUACUCGGUCACCUUCAGGGCAAACGCAGCGACAGCAGACACGAGCUGAUGGACGCCAGCGAGCUGGUGGCCGAGAUCAACAAACUGUUACAGGAUGUCCGGCAGAGCUAGACUUCCUGCUCGUGUUUACUAAUUCACCACCCACUGACUGCUGAUUUUUAAAUUUCACCACAGAAUUCAGGCGAAGGAGUCUGGGUGGCAAAAGAGGAAAGAAAAACCAUAGAAACUAAAUGGAGUACAACUGUCUUUCCCAUUCGAAUCAACAUAUCAAGGUGGUCGGAAUGGCAGCCACUUUUCUGUGUAUUACUGCUAUGGUACCAGACUAAAUUCCAUCUAAAAUCUAUUUCUGGUGAGUCACCGUGAGAAGGUUUGCAGCAUGGACCCAAGUACUGGAAAGACACGCCGUGAUUCCGGUGAUGUCUGUUAGCCAUUCCAAGUUAACAAACACUUGUAUAGCUUGUCACUUGCGUCAGAUUUCAGUUGAGUUUUGACAGUUGUCCGAGUGCUUGUGUAACACAGCAGGAAAAAUUUAAAUGUUCACAAUUAUUUUAUUAAUUUAUGCGUCAAGGUUACACAUCACAACAUCUGUAAAGUUCUCAAGCAAGUGAGACACACUUCUUCUUCUUCUUCGCCUUCCUAACUUGUCAUCAUGGCAAAAACUAAAAUCGCCAGUUUGUUCUGUACUGGCCAAAUGACCACGACAAACAGAUCAGCGACCGCUCUACUCCAUUCAGGUUCUGUGAGAAAAACAACUGAAAUAAAAAGAUAAAAAACAGAGACCUGCAAUUGUCGUUAAAGUUGCAUUUCUAAUGUAAUUGUGUUUUGUGAAUGCUAAAUAUCCAAAAAAUUGUUUGUAAUUGCUGGUUUGGUACACAAUGUACACUAUGUGACUGUAUUUAUCUUUGUAUUUUAAAAAUACAUUUGUAUUCUUAUAUUUAUAAAAAAGUGUAUAUAAACUUAAUCAGAAUUCUAUUUUUAUAUUUCGAAUGCAUGUUAAGUACAAAAAAGCUGAAUCAAGACUUUGACAUGCGAUUGACAUUCUACAUAUUUAAAUGGUCUUUUGUAUUGUGAAUUGUUUUUUUAUUUGUCACUAUAAUAUGUAUACAUGAAUAUAUUAAUGGACACUUGUCUUUGUGGAUUAUUGUGGGGAA